UGCCCAGUAUUUGGGUGAUGUUUUUAGUAGUAGAACAGAAUUCCUAGGAUUGGGUUCGGGAGUGUACAAAGUCAAGGAAAAGAUGCAGAGAAAAAUCAGAUUUCAAUGUCUAGAGAAAUAGUUGUUUUUUGGGGGCCCACUUUCGGCUGUUGGGACACAACACUAUCUUUUCACUUAUUUUUACAGGGACAGUGGUUAGAAAAUAACUACAAGUGGUGGAGAGAGGAGGAAAAGGGACCAGAAUUGCUGCUCCAUAGUGUUUAUGCGCCCCCUGCUGGGGCAUCUGAGACACGCUCAUUUCGGAUGGAGCUGCUGAGUUCCUGGCCAAAGUUCCUCCUAGCACAAUAGGGACUGGCCCUGUUGUGUGGGGAGAACGCAGGUGGUGCCAGAGACAAAAGCUAAUGCAUGGAUCUUUGAGGGGCAAGAAUAGAUCUUCAGGAGGCAUGCAGGGCAAAGGUGGACAGCUAGCUCCUGUUCCUGAAGUCCGGACCUGCCACCUCUGCCUCUUAGAAGACCCUUCUGUAGGAUGCAUUUCAGGCUCAGAAAAGUGCACCAUUAGCAACUCAUCCCCAUGCAUGGUGAUCACCAUCUAUUAUGAUACCAAGAUUCGCUUCUUCAUCCGAGGCUGUGGACAGUACAAUUCUUACCACUGCCAAGAAAAACGCAACACUUACUUUUCAGAGUAUUGGUACCAGGCCCAAUGCUGCCAGUACGAUUAUUGCAACUCCUGGUCCAGCCCCCAGCUCCAGAGCUCCCUGCCUGAGUCCCACGACGGGGCUCUGGCCCUGCCCCUGUCCAAGUCCCAGAUCCAACGGUUCUACCAGGCCCUGAACCUCUCACUGCCCCUCCCCAGCUUCUGUGCUGGGAAAGAGCCUGAAGGCUUGGACCCUGUGGUUGCCCUGCCCUUGAACCUAGGUUUGUCUAUUGCUGACCUGCGCCAGAUAUACUUAUUCCUCAACAAUUCAGGACUUUUGGUUCUUCCCAGGGCUGGGCCCUGACCCCUUACCCUUCCUGGAUUCCAGUCUGUUCCAGCAUCUUUCCAACACCGCAGCAUCCUACACUGCCCUCUCAGAACAUCUAAAUUCUCUGGUCUGUUUUCUCAGACCUCCUUUCCUUAGUACUUCUAGUAUCUUUAUGACUUCGGUUUAAUUUCCUCCCCAGAAACCAGUUGGCACUGUACCUAGUGCUCUUAUUCCUCCUAGAAAAUAAUCUCAAGUGCAGAUUGUGCCCAGGUUGACCUGGGAAAGGCAGUGGUCUCCUUAUUCCUUUUCCAUUGUCUGCGUGUUUCAUCACCCUCAGUCCCCUCUCAGUCUGGGUACCUGCCACCUCCUUUUAGAUCUGGCUGUAUAUUGCAUCUUGUACCUAUCUCUAGGACUCAGUGCCAGACAACUUGCAGCAAGAAGGAUGAAGGGUAGACUUCUGUGCAGAUUGCCUGACUUGGCAUCCUGGUAUUUCUGCCUCACUAUUUUACCACCUCACUCCUGCCCUGGUCUCCUGCUGCCUUCUCUCAUCUCUUGUCCCAGUCUCUGGCUUCCAGCCCCACUUCAUGUGACUGAGUCCUGACAGCCACUUCCAUAGGUGCCCAGGAAGAGGAGAGUAUCUGUCUUGCUCUGCUCUAUUUCCCUCCACAAUAAACGGUCUGGGUUAA